GAAAUGGCCAUAGAUGUGAUGAGUAAAACAGAAGAUUUGGAAACUGUUCUAAAUCAAACCAGACAGCAUCGGCAGCGAAUCCUAGAGACCGCAGCGAAAAAUUUGCGUGUUUGGUUUAUUAAGGUGCGGAAGAUAAAAGCUAUCUAUCAUACGCUCAAUCUUUUUAAUCUUGACGUGACGACAAAAUGUAUGAUAGGUGAGUGCUGGUGUGCUGUCAGCGAUUUAGACAAGAUUCACAUGGCCCUACGUCGUGGCAUGGAGCGUAGCAACAGUACCUUGCAGCCUAUAUUAAAUGGCUUAAAUACUAAUGAGAGUCCGCCUACUUAUCAUCGAACAAAUAAGUUUACUUCUGCAUUUCAAGAUAUUGUCGAUGCUUAUGGUGUUGCAAGAUAUCGCGAGGUUAAUCCGGCUUUGUUCACAAUAAUCACUUUUCCUUUUCUAUUUGCCGUAAUGUUUGGCGACGCCGGACAUGGCUUGCUUAUGUUUCUUUUCGGCCUCUGGAUGGUGAUUUGUGAAGCGAAGUUAUCAGCCAAAAAAUCAGAUAAUGAAAUAUGGAAUACAUUCUUUGGCGGGCGCUAUAUCAUUCUUUUGAUGGGUCUCUUCUCUAUUUAUACUGGCAUGAUUUACAACGAUAUUUUUUCUCGUUCUGCGAAUAUUUUUGGUUCUUCCUGGUAUCCUAAUUACAAACCUUCUGCUCUUGAGGCUAAUGAGCGCCUUCAGCUUGAGCCAGGAACCGUAAACCACACCGACGAUCGAAUGUUUGCUGGCUACCCUUAUCCGUUCGGACUUGAUCCUGUCUGGCAAUUAGCUACCAAUAAAAUCGCUUUCACAAACUCUGUCAAAAUGAAAAUGUCAAUCGUUCUUGGUGUCAUGCACAUGAUUUUUGGAGUUUCUCUAAGCCUUUUAAACUACCGCUUUUACGGUGACCAUUUAGCCAUAUGGUGUGAAUUCAUUCCUCAGAUUAUAUUCUUAUCUUCUAUAUUCCUCUAUUUGGUUAUUCUUAUCUUUUACAAAUGGCUUGCGUAUGCCGCUGAAGAUUCACGCUCUGCGCCAAGCUUGCUCAUAAGUAAGUUAUUUAAGCUUAGGCUUGAAAAUUUCAACUCAUGA